AUGCUUGCAGGGCAGGCUCCUCUUGAUUUUUAUGCAAUACUCGAGGGAAUGGUGUAUCAAGGCUAUCGAGAUCACCGAGAAGCAAUAGGUAGCCCUGAGGAGUUAAUUCGAAGGGUAUUUUUACAAGGAUUGCCACUGGCAAGAGAGCUUCUCGCUCUUAAAGAAGGUGAUUCGGUUCAGUCACUUGUUGAAGCUUCACAACGGCUAUGGAAUGCCAGAGUAGGAGUGUCUAGCCAUGAUGAACCUCCUAAACUUCCUGCUGAACCACGUAGACCUGGUAUUGCAGAGAUCUCUCGUGACCAACCUCGUGCAUAUCACCAAGAAAUCAGCGAUCGACAAUCUUUGCUGGGGAUGUCAAAGAGAAGGACAUGUUCGACGAGAGUGCCCCUUUCAGAAUGGCCAGAGAGGAGGAGCUCCACUCACCUCUGGGUACCAAAGGAGCCCAAGAAAGGGCCAUGCGGGAGACCUCUAGUGAAGAUCCGUGUUGGAGGAGUAGAUGUUACAGCUUUUAUUGAUACCGGAUCUGAAGUUACUCUGCUAAAAAUGGGUGCUUCACAAACAAUGACCCCAAAAAGAAUUUACCAUGAGGGACGUGGUCUUCGAGGAGUUUCAGGCCGGCUCUUCGAGGCUACAUCUGAGUGGGAUGUUGAUUUGGUACAUAAUCAUACUCCACGAAGAGAUUACCUGAAGCUUCAAGGGAUAAUCCUUCCUAUAACUUAUGCUGUUGGGACGACUUUAGGUAUCACUGCUGUAGCCGAAUUCACUCCUAAGAAUCACUUGGUCGUUAUUGUUUUGGUUACUGUGCCUCAGACUUUCAAUGGUAAGGAAGUGCUUCUAGAAGCAGCCACUGACAAAGUUGUCAUUCCUAGAACGGUAGUUGUGCCUGAGAAUGGAAUUGCUUCUGUAUGGGUAGUGAAUGGAGGAGGUCGUCCCAUACACCUACACAAUGGUACACACGUGGCCACUGGAGCACUUUGCACUGUGGUGGAGCUGAAGCAAUCACCUGAAGGAUCUUAUCCUGUUGAGGAGCAGUUCAAGGAUAACUCUACUGAUGCUGAACUUUUACCUGAGGAAUUCAAGAAGGAAGGUGAUGCCUCUGAUCCAGACUUUAGAUUCGAGGAUGAUGAUUUUGAUGUAGCCUAUGGCCAAUUAGAUUUCGGCUAUGAUGAAGGUGACUUUGUUGUUUUUCCUGAGAUAAGCUUAGAUGAUCCUCCAGAUAUUGCAUCGGUAACUAUGGCAACAGACGAUCAAGAAAAUGGCCCAGAUUUGAGGCAUUUAUCACACAUGCAAUGUGAAGGUAUUUUGGCACUAUUGGCUAAUUAUCCACGUCUUUUUAGCUCAGAUAAGUUCUCUAUUGGCACUGUGCCAGAUGUACAGCACCGUAUACCUACACAUGAGACUCAGCCUUUAUGUACACGUCAAUGGCGACUACCUGAAGCAGCUAAGCAACAGAUACGCGAGGAGUGUGAUGCCAUGCUUGAGGCUGGUGUGAUUGAACCAAGCAUGUCACCCUGGCUCUCACCCGUAGUGCUUGUUAAAAAAAAGGAUGGAACCGUUCGCUUCUGUGUAGAUUAUCGUCGGCUGAACUCUGUGACAAUAGCUGACACCUAUCCUUUGCCAAGGAUUGAUGAGCUGGUGGAUGAGCUUAGAGAGACAGCAGUCUUUUCACUACUUGACAGUAGGAGUGCUUACUGGAGUAUCCCUGUGGCACCUGAAGAUAGGCCAAAGACGGCAUUUAGCGAUGGGUAUCGCCUUUUUCAGUGGCGACGUAUGCCAUUUGGUUUGUCUACGGCACCAACAACUUUUCAGCGAACUAUGAAUGCCAUUCUUAGCCCAGUUCUCGGCCGACAUACAUUAGCUUACUUAGAUGACAUUGUUGUCUACAGUAAGAACUUUGAUGAACAUCUGUGUCAUCUGAAAGAAACACUGGAUCUAUUAGACUCUGCUGGAUUGAAGCUAAAUGUUAACAAAUGUGAAUUCGUUGUGCAGAACUUCAGGUUCUUAGGAUUCCGAGUUACUCCUGAAGGUAUUCUCCCUGAUCCUGACAAAGUUCGAGCAAUUGCGGAGAUGCCAGCCCCAAAAACAGUCAAGGGAGUAAGAAGAUUCUUAGGAGCUACAGGAUUCUUCAGAAAGCAUGUUCCUGAUUAUGCUAAAGUAGCUGCACCCUUGACCCAGCUUAUCAAGAAAGAUACUAGAUUCAAAUGGACAGAUGAGUGUCAGAGAGCGUUUCAAUCUUUGAAAGAUGCUUUGAUGAAUGCCCCGAUUUUACUUGCCAUUGGUGCUGCAUUAAUGCAGAGAGAUAGUGAGAACAAGCCCCAUACCAUAGCCUACUUCAGUCGAAAGUUGAGAGGACCAGAGACUCGAUAUUCCGCUACUGACGCAGAAGCUCUGGCCGUUAUCGAAAGCGUCCGGGCAUUUGACCCUUAUGUGUAUGGUCGCAAAUUCACUGUGUAUACUGACCAUCGACCACUUGUGUACGUUUUCCCCAAAGAAAACGAAGUCCCCAAGGAUGUCUAG